AUGCGUGUUGGUGAUGAACAUGGUGUAAUGCAUGAAGAGGAAGGUUUGUUGGAGAUGAAGCACGAAAUUACUGAUUUGAAGGAGAAGGUUGAAGGACUUCUCAAAUAUUUGAAGAAGAUGGUUAAAAUUGGCUUGUUUAUUAUGCCUCCACGACAACAGUUGGCUGCUAGGAAGGAAGCCGCACGUCAUCGUCGCUCUGCUUUCGACCGAUUUGACUGUCAUAGCCCCCCUACUUAUGAUGGUGCUGCCGACCCUGUGGCUCUGGAAAAUUGGUUAAGAGAAAUGGAGAAGCUCUUCACGGCAACAAACUGCCCUGAUGCCGAAAUGGUACCUAUUGGGACGUACUAUUUGAAGAGAGAGGCUGAUAAUUGGUGGGGUACGGUGAAGGCUGCAUGUAUGGCUACGGCUGGUUUUGGGGGGAGUAUGGAUAUUCAGAAGUACACCGACCGCUUCACAGAGCUGUCUAAGUUUGCUGGUGUCAUUCCCACCGAAGCUGAGAGGGUUAAGAGAUAUAUCAAGAAGAUGAAUCCUAGGGUAAGGACUCUUGUGCUGUGUUCGGGAGUUACCACUUUUCAAGCUGCUUAUGAGAUGGCCUUGAGUGUCCAUGCAUCAGUCAAAGAGGAAGAAGCUGUUAAGGUUGCAUCUGCAAGGAAGUCGUUAAGGCUGCAUCUGCGAGGAAGUCGUUUCCGUUUGUUGCUCCUUGUCCGGCUAAGAAGCCGAAGUUUGAACCAAGUUCCCGAGGUGGGUAUCAAGGUUCCAGUUCUAAGCAGAGUUUUGAUCCGUCCAAGUGUCGGAGGUGUGAGAAGCCUGGAAGCGGGUCACAAGAGUUAUGAGUGUCUUAAGAAUCCGAGGGCUACAGCUAAGCCUCCUGUUCCUCCUAGUCUUUCUGCUCCGCCGAAGAAUCGAGUUUACAGCAUGACUCAUUCCGACGCCGAUGUUCAUCCCGACGUCAUCUCUGGUACCUUUCCUGUUAAUUCUGUCCCUGCUUCUGUGUUGUUUGAUUCUGGUGCUUCCGUGUCAUGUGUGUCUAACUCUUUCGCCAAGAAAGCUAACCUGUUUUUGAGUUCUCCUCCUUGA